UCACCUUGUCUUCACGGCUCCCAUACGGCACAGCUGUGCGUGUGGGGAUUCGGACACGCGUGUGCUUCUCUGCAUUUAUCUCUAUAAAAGAGAAAUCCAGACUGUCUGAAGGAAUGAUCUCGGCGAUUCAUGUGUAAUAGCUAGUCUCUAACGGACGCUUAACAUUCAUCUCACAGGAAAGCAUUCCUUUAAUUUCUAUAGCAAGAUAAUAAAAUAAAAUGGACAGCUCAGACAAGGAGAACAGGUCGGAUGAAGAAUUUGAAUCACCCGAGGAAGAAGAGGUGGACCCGAGAAUUCAGGGAGAGCUUGAGAAGCUGAAUCAGUCCACAGAUGACAUCAACAGAUGUGAGACUGAGCUUGAGGAUGCCAGGCAAAAGUUUCGCUCUGUGCUGGUGGAAGCCACUUUAAAGCUAGACGAGCUGGUGAAGAAGAUUGGGAAAGCGGUGGAGGACUCGAAACCGUACUGGGAGGCCCGGCGGGUGGCACGGCAGACUCAGCUGGAAGCACAGAGAUCCACACAAGACUUCCAGAGGGCCACGGAGGUACUGCGGGCAGCCAAAGAGACCAUUGCCCUAGCUGAACAGAGGCUGUUGGAGGACGAUAAGCGGCAAUUUGACUCGGCCUGGCAGGAGAUGCUCAAUCAUGCAACACAGCGAGUGAUGGAGGCCGAGCAGAUAAAAACACGCAGUGAGCUACUGCACAAGGAGACCGCUGCGAAAUACACCGCUGCCAUGAGUCGUAUGAAACAGCUGGAGAAGAAGCUCAAACGCACCAUCAACAAGUCUAAGCCCUACUUUGAAAUGAAGGCAAAAUAUUACUUGCAGCUUGAGCAACUGAAGAAGAAUGUGGAUGACCUCCAGGCCAAGCUGACACAGGCUAAAGGGGAAUAUAAGUCAGCCCUAAGAAACCUGGAGAUGAUCUCUGAUGAGAUCCAUGAGCGCAGACGUUCCUGUGGCAUAGGCCCGCGAGAGAGAGGCGUGGGAGCAGAAGGUGACGGUGUCAUUGGUGAAGACUUGUCUGGGUUCAAAAUAGAGUCUGAUGGAAUCUCAAUGGCAUCUGGGUCCUUUGAGGACGAAAACUGCAGCACCAGUGCCAUGUCCGAGGAAGACUCGGACACUCAGUCCAACAGUAGCUUCAGUUCUGGGCCAAACAGCCCUCUGGACCUGCCUUGUCCUUUCUCCUCCUCAUCUUCCUCUUCCUCUGGCUCUCCAACCUCCACCUCCCCCACUCCUUCCUCUCGCCCCUGCAGUCUGGACCUGCCCAGCACCGUCUCUUUGUCUGACUUUAGCCUGAUGUCUCCCAUCCUCGGCCCACGCAGCGAAUGCAGCGGCGCUUCCUCCCCCGAGUGCGACCUAGAGAGGGGUGACAGAGCAGAAGGUGCCGAAGCCGUACUGGACAAUGUUCUCAAUAACAACAGCAUCAGCAACACCAAAACAACCUUUGGCUUGGAUAGCCGUUUCCGCCUGCUGUCUCUAAAACUUAGCCGAAAUGAAAGCAGAAAAAACAUGGGUCUGGCUCAGCACCCCUCCCCAGCCACAAUCCUACUCGAUGGGAUGUGACCGCAAUGCCUACGCCAACGUAUCUGAUGCAUUCAUCCACAUUCCGUGCGAGAGGCACUGGCAGCCACCCGUCCUCCACUUCACCAGUGUGUCAUCCCAGCCCAUUCCUCUCACUGUCUAGAAUGUUCCGCCAAAUUUCAGACUGAACUUUCACUCGAUCUCACGGGGGUGUGAGAAAAGCAACCCGUGACGCAAUGUGCUGAGGAGACAAAUCUGCCAUUUGGAGGGGCAUAGUACUGAGUUAAGCUUUGAAGACAAACAUCUCUGUGAAACACAAUUAACGUUUCGGAUCUAGAGAAACUGAAGACACGUAAGGAUGGCGUUAGCACUUCUCUAAUAAGGAGCACUUGUCUUUUUACUUAUAAAAUGCAUAAGUUUCGUUAUGCUCUAGAUUUAUGCCACUGGUUGUCUUUAAUGUCUUUGUAAGCGUGUCAUGGAGAAUAUACAGAGUCAUUUGUGUGGCAACAUAAUGUUACAACCGUUACUGAGUUCUUGUAUAUCUAGGACAUCUGCGCAUGAUCUCACUUCAGCCUGGUGCUCAACACUCACCUGCAUGUCUUUCACAAAGACUUCCAUCUUCAAAAAGCACUCAAGAGUCUUCAGAGAAUCUUCUGCGCUGUAACAGUGAUUCACAAGGAAGUGAAGCCAACCACCUGCAUCGCAGGUCACCUCCUCAAUGUCAUCCGGAGACCUGCAGCAGCUACAGGCUGAUCCAUACUGGUCACUUUCACCGUCCUCCACAAGCCAAAUCCACCGCAUGCUGCCCAAUUCUUUCUCUCUGUGUAAAGAACAAUUAUUGUUUUUAAUACAAAUAGAAAAACAGCAAUAGAUGCAGAUUCACAGCCUUUGUGAAAACCAAUGGUUCAGGAAGUAGAAUAAGCUGGAUCUACUGUACUUGCACUGUGAGGGGGGCAGAAGGCUUGUGGGAAUGAUUGGAUGUGUCUCGGUGGGGGACUUGCUGCACUGAUGAAGAGGACGAUUACUGAAUGUACCAUCCAGCUUCUGCGGUGCAGCAGCCACUGGUCUUGAGACAGAUGGCACAGCUUCAGGUCUAGACAGUAGGCUGCGUGGUGUUUUUGUGUGACCUUGUGUCUUUUUUUUUUUUUUCUUUUUUAGCCUUUUUGAAACAUUCCGUCUCCCAUUUGUAUUGUUAGUUCUUUGGUUGUUAUCGUUUUGAGAACCGAUGGUGAGGAAAGAAACCAUGUAGCAGUAUUUAAGUGAUUUAUGGCGUUUAGUCUGUUGUUUACAAAGCUUGUGUAAUUGUUUUCAGACUGAAAUAAAGAUACCUGAAAUGA